UUUAAGUUUCUUAGUAUUGAAAGAAGUGCGAAAUGGGGAAAUUAAAAGAGAAUUUUCUUUUAGUUUUAUUUGUUCUUGUUAAAUACAAUUAUGGUCAAGUCACUGAUGAGGAAUAUGUAUCCAUGCCGGACUUGUUCUAUCAAGAUAAUUUUGACAAAUGUAUGCUGUUAAAAGAAAAAGCUUUUUACUGCACCUUUACGUACCAAUUGGAACCCUUGGAUCGUACAAACUCCCCAGAAGUAUGGAAUAUCAUAGAGAAAGUAAGCAAUGUAUCGACAAACUACAGACACGACAACUUGAGGCAUAGUAUAUGCGUGCCGUUCACUUGCCCUAAUGUGUCCAAAGCAUCAGAUGACGAUCCAAAAUUAUGGAAAGGUAUCCAGGAUUGUUAUGAUAGCAAGUUCACAAUACGGGGACUGAAGGGAAAAGUGAUCAAAAUAAGUUGCGAAACACAGGAUCCAAAAUACCCAAUUGAUUGGUUAGAUAUAACAUGUGGUGUAGUUUUUGUGGUUUAUGUAGCGUUUGUAUUCUAUGCUACAUAUUAUGAGGGUGUAGCUCGGUAUGAAUCCAAAGAAGUAUACGAUAAACUAAUGGAAACUCCUAAAGGAAAAUUAUUGUCCGCUUUUUCUAUUACCAAAAACUGGAUAAGGUUGAAAACAGUCAAUAGUAAUAAGGAAUUGGAGAAGUUACGACCCAUUCAAGGAAUAAGGGUCUAUAACGCAGCCAUAGUAGUGGCGGUUCAUACCAUAUUAUCCGUUAUUGCUGCACCUGUAUCUAAUACCAAAUUUGUCGAAUCUAUACAUCAACACCCAGCUAGACUGGCACUCUCAAGCGGACCACUUGGUACUGGUACGUUCUUCUUGUUUUCUACAUUCAUGCUAACUAACACAAUAUUCGAGAGCUUGAAAAACAAGAAAGAACUUGAUAUGAAGACGAUUGUCCUAGCUAUAUGCUAUAGAUUUGUAAGGUUAACUCCUACAGUAUUAGUAAUGGUAUUGUUUCACGCUACUUGGUUACGUCAUUUAGGUUCGGGUCCGAAAUGGACCGAGGUGGUUAUCUAUGAGUUCCAAAAAUGUCGUGCCAACGGUUGGACAAAUAUAUUGUAUAUCAACAAUUGGUACGACUCGUUUGUUAUGUGUCUACCGGUUACGUGGUAUCUGGCUUUGGACACCCAGUACUUCAUAUUGGCCUUAUUUUUAUUCAAGUUCCUUAAAGCAAAUGAAAAACAUUCCUUCCUUAUUAUAGGAACACUCUUGGCAGUGACAACUAUCGGCACUUUCUUCCAAAAUUAUUAUUACGACUUUACCGGAUUGAUACUACCAGUACCUGAAUUUUUUUACGAAUUUAGGGGUUUACUGGAAAGCCAUCAAUUCUUCUACCAAGUCGGUAGUUUUAUUGGGAAUAUGUCUUCAGCAACAAUGGGCAUAGCUUUCGGAUAUUAUUUCUAUAAGCAUAAGUAUGAUGAGCCACAUCAAUAUAUAUUUCGAACCAAGUUUAGACAAGGUCUUUGGUGGCUGAUGACCUUUGGUCUAGCUUUAUCCUUCCUGAUUGUUCCUGGAUCUGUAAUAUUGAAUGCCGAUGUCGAACAUAGUGCUUUUUGGGCAUCAGUGUAUGUAGCUGUUUCGCGUCCUCUAUUUCUCUUCGCCAUUGGAGUUGCAGUAAUAGGAUUCACCGAAGGAAUUGGCUGGUUAGCCCUAAGAGUAGUACAGUGGACUCCCACCUAUAUCUUAGGUCGAUUGACGUUCAGUGUGUAUUUAGUACACAUAUGGGUGCCGUUUGUCAGAUAUGGUAUGACAAGGUAUCCAGUAUACUCCAGUACCAUUAUUGCGUUGGUCGCAGCUAUUGGUGAUUUAGCAGUAGUAUACAUAUUAGCUACCAUUUUGGCACUCUUUGUGGAAUUUCCGGUAUCGCAACUGCAGAAACAACUUUUCACGUUCGAAAAAGUGAAGAAGACAACCGAUAAAAACGAAUAA